GUCAUGAAUAAAAUAUUAAUUUAACUAUCGGACUAUAUUCAUAAACUGAUGAUCAAUAGACUAGUCGUGAUUAUUAUUCUUGCAGCUGGAGUCUCAUUAGUAAUGGGAUAUGCUUACACUACUUUUGCAUACUUUCCAAAGCUGGCUCAUGACAGAGAUUUGAGCCAGAGCUUGGUUGGACUGACCAUUGGACUAAACUCUUUGCCGUUUAUGAUAUUCUCAAUUGCAUCUCCAUUUUUAAUGAAGAAAUUUGGAAGGAAGACUUAUCUGGCUGUUUCACAACUCUCCCUUACAGUGGGUGUUUUCAUAUUUGCCACCUUGGACUUUGUGAAGAAUAAACAAAUCUUUCUUACUCUUAGUGUUUUGAGCAGGCUAAUAGUAGGGGCAGGAAUGAGUUCUUAUACGACUGCAGCCUAUUCCUACACAACAAUUCUGUACAAGGACAAUAUUCAGAAAGGAAUUGGAAGAAUUCAAGCAGGCAUUGGAAUUGGUCCAAUCGUGUGUCUUUUGGCAAGCACCUUCAUUUUUAAAUGGUUUGGCUUCUUUGUAACAUUUGCUGUAAUUUCUGCCUGAAUGCUGAUUGUCACCCUAAUUAUCGUCAUUUUUGUACCUGAUAUUAAAGAUGAAGCAGAACAAGAGCAAGAAGAAACUCCAAAAUCAAUGACUUAUAAAUCUUGGCAUAUUUUUAGAGACUUGAGGAUAAUCGGAUGUAUCAUUGGUGCAGGGUUAGCAAUGUUGCUGAUUGAUGCUCCGUCUGCAUUGGUGGCAGAUAGGUUCGAAGAAUUAAAACUUCCAGAGUAUCUAAAAGGUUUAACCUUCUUGUUCUCCAAUGUUCCUUUUACCUUUACUUCUUUGGUUCUUCAUAGAUUCACAAAGAUAAGUCACAGAAAGAUAAUAAUCUGAUUCGGCUGGAUCUUUUUGGCAAUUGGAUUUUUGUUGAUUGGACCAUCAGGCUUAUUUCACUUCCCUGAAAGAGUUUGGCUGAUCCUUUUUGGGUUUUCUUUCUUUGGUAUCUCCUACGCAAGUUUAAUAGUUACCAAUAUUCCUCUGAUGCAAGAAUAUGCUUCUCAAUACGAAAUUAAAGAUGAUAAUAUGAGUGAAACUAAGAAGGAGCAACAAGAAUUUGAUUACAAAACAACAACAGGUUAUAUCUCUGGAGCCUUUAAUCUCUCCUUUGGACUUGGAACAAUGUUAGGACCACUAAUAUCCCCUCGUAUUUCUGCCGGAAUUGGAUAUAGAGGAUUUACCGAUCUAUUUUCAGGUAUCUCAAUCUUAUCUUUACUGAUUUUCAUUACUUUUAAUUUAUUACACUUAUGCCAAAACCCUAAACAACUGAGAAAUCAAAGAGACCCCUUAGAAAAAGCCAUGAACACUUCAGAAAACAUCUCUAAACCCGAAGAAGAUAUCUCCAACCGUGAAUCCUUACUAAAAUCUUACGAUACAUCCUAACCUUCUUCCUAAAAGUGCUCCUAAACACAUCAAAAAUCCCUUGACCCACCCAUUUCCAAGUGAAAUCUCCAAUUUCCUUAAUUCA